CGCGGGAUCCGGACUCAAGGACCCAAGCCCGCGCGGAGCUGGGACAGGGGGCGCGCUCGCCCGCCGGGCGCCCUCCUGCCCGCGAUGGGCUGCUCCAGCAGCGCCCUCAACAAGGCCGGCGACGGCAGCAGGCCCCGCAGCGUAACUUCAAAUACGUAUUUUUCAACCACAGAAGAAAGUGAGUCCUGCUUUGUCCAACCAAAACCACGUACACUGGGAAGAGAAUCUACGUUAUAUGGCAAGGUACAAAAGGAAAGCCUUCCUCGACUAGAAAAGCCCAAGAUUUCAGCCGUGUCUACAGCUAAUGGUGUUAAAUCCCUCCAUGAACAGCCCCUGGCAAAGGAUGCUGCAGACCCACCAGGAUCCACAGAGGAAACUCAGCCUCUUAAGGGACUGAAGGAGUCUGGGCCACCUCAGCCAGGUGGCAAAGAUGAUACUCCAGGAGCAGGAGAAAAGAAGGACGUGGAAGCUGUGACAGAGGCUCAGCCUUUUAAAGGAAACGCUGAGACCGAAGCUUUAGGAGCAGAAGCCGAGAGUCAACCUUUGAGGACAGCGGGAGAGAGGGACUCUCCUGGAGCAGUGGAAGGUACUGAGAAUCCACAAGCUGCCGGAGAGAUGACAGCUCGAGGAACAGCUGAGAAAAUUCCACCUCUGGAAGCAGCUAGAGAGCCACAAUCUCAAGAAGCUCUGGGGACGGAUGAACAGUCCCAACUCCCAGAAACAGUUCCCAAGGAGAUGGAAUCUCCAGAAAUAUUGGAAGGAAGUCAGCUUGUGGAAACAGCUGAAAAGCAGCAACUUCAAGAAACAUUGGGAGAAGAUGAGCAGUCCCAACUUCUAGAGAUGAUUCCCAGAGAGAAUGGAACACCAGAAGUAUCAGACAGAAGUCAGCUUAUGGAAACAGCUGUCAAGGAUGAUUCGCUCCAUAAAACUCCUGAAGGUCCAGGAGACAUGGAGCAGAUCCAACCUGAAAGAAUAGUUGGAAACAUGGAACAUCCAGCAGGAAUUCUAGAGACAGGGGCAAAUGUGGAAACGGUCAGGAAAAUUCAUGCUAACGAAGAGGACCAACACGAUGAAGGUGAAACAGGAGAAGAGGUUGAAACAGAGAUGGAGAAUGAGAAAGUAAGUGAAGGGGCUGAAACAAAAGAAGAAGAAACAGGAGAAGCUGUGGGUCUUUCAGCAGCCACGUAGAUAGGU